GCCAUGAAGCUAAUAAUAACUCAAACGCUGUCAUGGCGGUGCUGCCCUUCGUCUCUCUGCUGUUUAUUACAGGGUUUACUUUUUCUGCGGCAGGCAACUGUGAAGUGUGUGUGGACUUUCUUUCCAGACUGUAUGGCAGUCUGACGUUGGCCCACAGAGAACUCACUCCUCCCCUGGUGGAGGAAGAGCUGAUCCAGGCCUGCACUGUCGCCCAGGGCAAGGAGGCGAGGCUGUGUUACUAUCUAGGAGCCACUAUUGAUGCAGCAACCCGUGUCACAGCAUCGGUGUCUCGACCUCUGGCCUCUCACGUCCCCGUUGAGAAGAUCUGCCAGCGCCUCAGCAGCACAGACAUGCAGAUCUGUGAGCUCAGAUAUGACCCUCAAGUGAAGGAUCUGAGCAGCGACGGGCUGAAAAUAAUGAAAGUCUUGGAGCUGAGGAACAUUUUAGCUUCGUGGGGAGAAGAGUGUCGAGGCUGUCUGGAGAAACACGAGUUUGUCAGCCUCAUCCAGGAGAAAGCACUGCUGCAUGCUCACAGUACGGAACUGUGAAUAUCAUUUGUUUCUUCUGCUCCUUUCGAAAAUAUCAUCAGAAAAAUCUAAUUUAAGUGCAUGAUUUACUCAUUUGUGCCACCAAAUGACUUAAUUUGUAUGUUAAUAGAGGAGACAUACAUCUUUUUGUGCUGAUACAGUAUGUACCUGAUUAAUAGCAGCCACAACAAUAGCAGCAUGGUAGAUAGAGUUUCAUAAAAUACUGCCCAUCAGAUGUUCCCAAAAACGUUUCAAGUGUCAAAGAAGCUAUCCGACGAAAAGUUCAAUUGAAUAUC